AUGGAGUUGAUGUUCAGAGCCCUUCUUUUCCAUUUGCUACUGUACUGUGCAACCCAGACAUCAGGUGUCACAAUCCAGACGGUCCCACCAGCAGUCGACAGUGAGGGUGUUAUACAGACCGAGCUCGAGAAGACUGUGUCCCUGGUCUGUCAGCCUGACGGCGGCCAUGAGGCUGACGAAGAGUUGCAGUGGCUGAGGAAUGGCUUCGCUGUCCACCUGACAGAAGAAAAUAGGAUGGGCCACAGCAGUGUGUGUGUUACACCCGUGCUCUAUGAAGACAACGGGGCCACUUUCACCUGUCGCCGGAGAAAUAAUGCCACAGCUAUGGCCUCAGUCACCCUGAACGUCACAUAUCGCCCUCAGCUCUCUGGGUCUGAGGAGGUUUCAGUAGAAGAGGAGUCAAUGCUAAUCCUGCAGUGUGACAUCUGGGCCAAUCCUCCAGUCUCUUCUGUGUCUUGGUCACUAAAUGGAAGUGCCGUGGAUCUAUUAGCAGGUGGCUUUUCUGUGACCAAUGACGGCUUCACAAGCACAAUAUCCGCAGACAAAGUGGAGAAAAGCUUGCAUGAAGGCAUGUAUCAGUGCACAGCUGAGUCUCCCAUCUAUGGAAGUCACAACAAAAAAUUCAUCGUCACAUUAACAGACAAGACCCUGACUAUCCCACUGAUACCAUUCAUAGCAGGGCUGGUGGUAGUCUUCUUUACUGUGCUUCUUGCCGUUGCUUCACGAUGGAACAGAAUUAGAAAGUGCUGCAAAUAG